AUGGUUAACCUUCAACCUGGCGCGAAGUACAAGUUCGUCAAUGCUAAAGCCAACAAUGUAGCCGAUCUCUCUGGCGGCGACAACAAGUCCAUUAUCGGGUAUAGCGAUCACAACGGGGCCAACCAAACGUGGGAGGCCUUGCCUGGAGGAAACGGCUGGAUAUUCAAAAACGUGGCGACUGGCCAAUAUCUUGGUAUCAACGGCCUUGCCAGAGAUGGCACUCCUGUUGAGGGUAUCCACCCGCCGUUCGAAUGGCAUGUUAAGAACGAUGAGGGCCAUCCGGACACCGUCAGACUGUUCGUCCCCAACACCCUCUUCAACAUGGACCUAUCUGACAACGGCAACGCAACUGCUGGAACGAAGAUCCAAGUUUGGAAUAAGUGGACACCUGGCGUCAAUCAGUGCUGGCGCCUUGUGCAAGGUACGUGGGCUCUGGCUUUCUGUGUCUGA